AAGAGAUUCAUUGCAUAACAACUAAAUACAUAUUUUAAAAUUAUUUUUAUUAUGUAAGCUUCAAGGUGUGACGACGACAGAAAAGUUGUGAUGGCAGCCCCGGCGUCUCAAAUUAAGGCUGCAGCAAAAUAUGCUAUUUGCGUUUUCAGAAAUGACCUAAGAAUCCAUGACAAUGAAGUACGCUCUAAAAUCAUGAACUAAUGAAUGGACUUAUCAGAAAUUAGGUUUAAUUUAGACGACUAAAUAAUUUCUAUUAGUAAUUUAAAUGAAAUGUUUCUUAUAAUUUAAAAAAAAAAAUACUUAUUAAUAGGCACUAUGACUUAGUCUUAGAGUCUGUAAGUAAAAAAAACUAAUUUAUAUAAUUAAUUUUCAAAUGUCCCAUUUUUUUUGUUAUGCAGGCUCUGUUUGUUGCAAAUCAGAAAAGCAAAAUUCUGCUCCCCCUCUAUUGUUUUGACCCUCGACAUUACUCAGGGACUUAUCACUUUGGGUUCCCUAAGACUGGAGGACACCGUCUUCAAUUUCUAAUUGAUAGUGUUGCCGAUCUACGAUUAAAGCUCCAUUCUCAUGGAAGGUGCACUUAAUCCUACUUAUUUUUCCAUUUAACUUAAAUUACUUAAAGAAUUUAUAAAAAUUCCUUUCUCAAGAAAAAUUAUUAAUAAUUUCAUUAUUUUAUUCAAUUUUGUAAUAUUUUUUGUUUUAAGUGACCUGAUAAUAAGGAAAGGCAAACCAGAAGAAGUAAUUUUGGACUUGAUUAAAACUCUCAAUAUUGAAAAUGAUGUUGUGGUUGUAAUGCACAAAGAGGUUAGCUAUUAUUAUUUAUUUUUAAUUCUACUCAAAAAGUUUAUAAUGUUUGCUUAGUAUAUUUGGUAAAAUAUCAAUGUAACAAUAACAUAAUGAAGAUUGCUGCUUUAAUUUGUUCAUCUCUGGAUUAGAAAGAAAAAAAAAUCAUUUCUGAGAGCGUAUCAUUACUUCAUCCAUCUGAUUAGGUCACUGAAGAAGAGAUAAAAGUAGAGAGUAACAUAAAGGCCCCUUUGAUUACCGUAUGGGGCCACACAUUGUAUCACGUGGAAGAUGUACCAUUUCAACUCAAACAGUGAGUAACUAUCUUAGUUAAACUUAAAAAAAGAGGAACUCUAAAGUUUAUACUUUCUUAGUUACAAGAGAAAUGAAGAUUUAUUGAGUCCAGCAAUACUUUAUUUUGAUGAUGCUUGCAUGUAGCACCAAUCAUAAAUUCCUGUGGUCUUCUGUAUGAAAUAUUUUAGCAUAUUAUCCUUAUGAAAUAUUUACUAGUCUCUUUUUAUGAUGUUAACUGAUAAUUUAAUAAUUGAAAUCUUACUAACCACACAUUCUAUUUGUAGAUGAAAUCAUCAUGGCCAUCUCUGCUUUGUUCCAAAUACUUGCUUUAUUUACUGUCAUUGAUUUUAUCUAGAAUUUUAACCAUCUUUUAAAAGGCUACCUGAUGUGUAUACACAGUUCAGGCAAAAAGUGGAAGAUCGGGCGCCCAUCCGCAAAUUAAUUAACAUGCCCAACCAGUUAAACCCACUGCCUCCAGGAAUAAGUCUUGGGACAAUACCACCCAUUGAAGAUUUUGGAUUCACAGGUAGCUCCAAUGAUAAAACAUGCAAUAAUUAUAUCAUUUUGAUUAGCUUCUUUACUUUACAAAAUCAUGAAUUUUUAAUGAAUUUUGCAUGCAUUUGAUGUUGAAAUUUAAUUUAUUUUAUCAAAAGAUUUUAUUUCUUAGCUCCCAAAAAAGACACUCGCACAGCAUUUCCAUUUUCUGGUGGAGAAACAGCAGCACUGGAACGUCUUAAGGAUUACCUUUGGGUCACUAACAAUGUUAGCACAUACAAGGAGACAAGGAAUGGCAUGAUUGGCCCAGAUUUCUCAACUAAAUUUUCACCAUGGUACAUUUUAGCCUUUUCUUAUGUAGAGUUUUAAAAAAAUAUUUAUUAUGGCACUGUUUUAGAUCAUGCCUGCACAACUCAAAAUGUAAGGCAGGCCAUAAUACUUUAUGAAAAACUUGUGGAAAGAUAAUAGUACAGGGACGAAAGCUAUUAAGACAAUAAUAAUAAUAAAGAAUAUUUCGUUAGUUCGCGGGCCGCCAAGUGGGUGCUUGCGGGCCGCUUGUUGUGCAGGGCUGUUUUAGAUGUGUGUUUUAAAAAUAUCGUCAAUAGAGAUUGCUGUCAAUGGAAAAUUUAUUAAAUUUUGUUCAAUCCCAAAUUUAUUUGAGCCUAGGUUUGUUCUCAUUAUUAAUAUUUGGAGCACACAGAACACAUUAAUUUGCUCAAAUUUUCUUAUUUAUGAACAGGUUAGCCCUUGGGUGCAUUUCUCCAAGACAGAUAUACUGGGAAAUUAAAAAGUAUGAGAAAGAAAGAAGAGCCAACCAAUCAACAUACUGGGUUAUAUUUGAACUUUUAUGGAGAGAUUAUUUCAGAUAUGUUGGCCUCAAAUAUGGAAAUAAGCUGUUCUUUGCUGGAGGUAAAUGUAUUAGGCAAAGCUUACUUAUCUUUAAGCCCCUCAACUUUUGAUGUGAGUGUUCCAGUCAUCAUUGACACACUGCUCAACUUUUGAUGUGAGUGUUCCACUCAUCAUUGACACACUGUUUACAUGGCUGAUCUCAUCACAAUUAAAUUAAUAUUAAUUUACUGACAAGGCUUUGAUGGUCAGGGUAGUGCGAGACUAAUUUCCACAUCAGAGGUUAACUGUUAAUUGAUUGGAGAUUAAAGAAACUACAUUUUUCUCACUUGGUUAUAAUAUUAUUAUUUACUUUUACUCCCAGUAAGCUAAAGGGAUGUAAUAUUUUUAUUUUAUAUUUUAAAUAUUAGUGAUAAAUUAUGAAAUAUACUAAAUUAUCUAUUGAUAUCCAUUUUGAAAAAACACAAAAUGUUAUGACAUAAUACAUAGAAAAUAACUAGCGGCUGUCUUAUUGGCAUAAGCCCACGUUACGAGGCUGAUUAUUUGCUUAUCUUUGCAACCCUAUUACAGGUGUUCAUAAAAUUUAGUCGGACUCAUUAUUCAGAUACUUCUUGGUAUUUUCCACCUAUUUUUUAAAAAUAAUUUUCUAGGAAUCAAGGGAGAGACAGUUCAGUGGAAAACCAACAUGGAAUACUUCAAGGCAUGGCAAGGUGAGUAUCAAAAGAAUUAAGAUGGGUUUCCAUGGAAUUCUGAAAUAAAUAUUUUCUUUGGUAAAACUGGAAAUUAACUGAUCAUGUGUUAAGCUUAUCUUUGUAACAUUUUCACAAGGUCACUUAUCUUUGUAACCUUUUCAGAACGUCACUUAUCAUUGUAAGGUUUUCAGAAGGUCACUUAUCUUUGUAACAUUUUCACAAGGUCACUUACCUUUGUAACAUUUUCAGAGGGUAGAACUGGGAUCCCCUACAUUGAUGCCAACAUGAGAGAGUUAGCGGCGACUGGUUUUAUGUCUAACAGAGGUCGUCAAGUAAGUCAUUCCUAAAUAUUUAAAAAUUACUUUAAGAUAAUUUAUUAUGACUUGCAGAAAACGUCCUGAUGCUUAAAUCACGAGGAGUCAAUUGUCAAGGUUUUUAAACCUCCAAUCAUUAAUAAAUUAGAAAUGGGGGAACAAUCUCUCCUAAAUAGAGAAAACUGUGUACCUGUAGUUACCAUGCACCUGCAGUGCAGACUUUGGAUUAGAACUGGCAAAAUUCUAAUAUGCAACAGUGUUCUUUUUAUAUUUAACAAAUGAAUUUUUUUCCAGAAUGUUGCAAGUUUCCUAACAAAGGACUUAAAGUUAGAUUGGAGAUUAGGAGCUGAAUGGUUUGAAUCACUACUUGUGAGUCUGUUAAAGCUAUGCAUUAAAAAUCAGUCAUACUUUCUGUCAAAGAUUCCAUUUCCCUAAAAUUUGGAGACACUUUUCCAGUAUAUAGCAGAACUAUUGCUUGCUUGAUAGAAGAACCAUUUCCAAAUGCCUUGUAAUUUUUUAUGUUUAUGUUUUAAAGCACUUUCUUCUUUGUGUGUUAAAAUUUUGAUUACUUUUUAAAAAAAAAAAUUUAACUUUGUUGUGUUCCCCUUGGAGUUAUGUUUCCACAUUGAGUCACUUUUUCAUUUACUGUUCAUUGUAAAAUAAAAUGUUUAAUAAUUAUGAAACUAUUUUACUGUACAAUUUUAUUGUCUGGACUAUGUUCACUGUUUCUAAUUUUAGAUAAAUAUCUAUAUAAAUCAGUGGAGCAGAGUGUUCUUUCCUAUUACUUGGAGAUAUAUCAUAAAACAUGUAUCCUCUGACUAGAGAGGUUUAAAUUUAAUUUCAUUAAAAUUAUAUAUUUUAAAAAAAUUCUGCAUGUCAGACCUAUUUUAUCCACCCCUGUGGUGCUACAGCCCAUGUAGGGCUUUGGCCUGCACACCACUUCCUUCCUCUCUGAUCUAACUAAUGCUUUUCUUUUCCAUAUCAGGCCUCUUUGUUUUUAUAAUAAGUAGCUGAAUAACAAAAUCCAAUGAAGUUAAUAGUUCUGAUUCUGACCAUUAUAGGAAUGUGACAGAAAUGUAUACAUGCUAAAAAUAUAAACUACAUUAGUACUAUUUAAAGUAAGUUUUCAUUAUACAUUUUAAUCUUCAGCUGGACCAUGAUGUGUGCAGUAACUAUGGCAACUGGUUGUACAGUGCUGGCAUUGGCAAUGACCCAAGGGAAAAUAGAAAGUUUAAUGUUGUGAAACAAGGGCUGGAUUAUGAUGGAGAUGUGAGUUAUGGAACUUUGUACAGUAAAAUCUCCCCCAUCUUACCCUAAAUAGUUUCUAAAACCCAACAAUUGCAUUUAAAAAUAGUUUUCACUUAAAUAGUUACUAAUGUCCUAAAUUUUCUCUUUUAGUUUUUGAAAUACAUAUAUAAAUAAAUCAUUUAAAUUAUUUGUGACAGUUGCAAUUUAAUACAUCCUUGGGGGUAUGCGUUCCGGCGUGAAUCAACACACUUCGCUUAUUUUUAAUAAAAAAUAGCAAGGAAAUCUCACGUCCCUCGAGACUUCUAGUGAUGUCGUGAUUCUGUUUUAUUGCAAUUUAAAAAAACUAGAAGUUUUUAUCUUGUUUCUCUUCCAUUCUAUGUUUGCUUAACCCUUUACAGUCUGAUGCGCCUGAAAUGCGCUGAUUUUUUCCUUAAGCCUACAGUCCGUUGCGGCCAAACCCGCCCGUUUUGAGGUUGUUUACUUUCGUUCUUAGCACAGCAGAAAUCCAUUGCGCAUAACUAUUUAUUGUUCUACCGGAAGAAAGCCACGUUGUCUGCAUUUAUUUUGAUACUAGUUUGAACGCUGUGUGUUUAGGGGUUCAUUUUAUGCGAUUUUUUUUUAAGUUGUGAUUUUUUUUCUGUAAAAAUGGCUUUCCAAGCCUUGGAUAAAAUUUUGAAAGAACUUAGGCCUAUUGAAGCUUCACUUUUUCAUGAGUCUAGCAGUGAUAGUGAAGAAUCUGAUAUAGAUAUUAAUUUAAAUGACGCUACUAGUAAUAGUGAUUGAAGUGAAGAAAAUAACAAUAAUAGUAGAGACAUCGAUGACAACGGACCUAUCAAUUCCACUCCAACUUAUCAGCAAGAUCAUGGAUGGUCUGGGAAUUUUUCACAAAUCAAAGUGGGAGGGUCCAUGAAACUGUUUUUAGGUGCAAAUUUUGCUUAAAUCAUUUUUAAUUUCAUUUUCUUGCUUCUAGUUUAUUUUCUGUAAAUUAAUGAGAUAAAGAACCUUCAUUUAAAAUGGAGUUAUGUCCCCUUGUUUAGGCGCUGGGAGCAGAAAAGGCUGAAUAGGCUUGGACUGUAAAUGGUUAAGUACGGUGCAUUUCCAUUUAGCACAUUUUUAUCCGAGGUGCCAAAAUAUAUUGUUUCCUAGUUAUUUGUUCAUCAUUAUUGUUAUAUUUUCAUUAAACCUAAUUCAUUUCUGGAUGCAUUUACCCUUAAUUGUCAUUAAUUUCAGUAAAUUUUUAGCAGCUAAAAAAAAAUUUUUUUUUACCAAUGUAAAUCAAUGGCAAUGGGGAGUUACUUCCCUUUGUUUAGGAAUUUAAAUGAGUAAAGAAGUAGCAAUGCUUUCAGGAAUGAGUUAAAUGUAAACACAUGAUUGAAAUAUAAACACCUGCAUUUGAAUAUAAAAACAUGUGUCUUAUUAUAAAUAAAUGCAUUUAAAUUAGUAUUUGAAAUUUUUAAACAUUUACAUCUUUACAAAGACUAACAAAUUUUGAGAAAUAGAAAAAUAAUUGAAUCUCCUGGGCUUUGAUCACCAUUUUUUUGAGGAAAGAAUUAUGAGAGAACUUUGGCUCUCAUGAAAACAAGGUGAGUUUUAACUUUCAAAUUUUCUUAAAUAUUCUUUUUAGUAACAGGAGCAGGCAUAAUUUAUUUCUAUUUAAUUCAUCAGGGCAACUAUGUGCGCCUAUGGGUUCCUGAACUUUCAGAUAUCAAGACUGGAAAGGUUCAUUGCAUAUGGACACUCAGCAACACCCAGUUAGAGGCAGGGAAUGUAAUUUUAGGGCAGAGUUACCCUAACCCUAUAGUGAUUGCCCCUGAAUGGAGUAGACAUGUCAACAGACCAGUAAGUUAGGCAUUUACAAUUUUAGUAGAAAACUGUAAUAAGACUGACUGCAUCUGUCAACUAAUGCAGCAUGUGUCAACUAAUGCAGCAUCUGCCAACUAAUGCAACGUGUCAACUAAUGCAGAAACAUUUUCAUAUUUAAACCAGGUCUAUGUUGUUUUUACUCCUACUUAUUACAGUAUUUAGGGAAUUUGAAAAGAAAAAAUAAACUGAUUAUUGUAAUAUUGCUUUCAGAGAAAUUUGUAUGACCAUUCGUGAUUUAGUGUGACCAAAAUUAAUUAUUAUUAUUAUUAUUUUUAUUUAUGUUUUUGUUGCAGGCUGCAAGUGGUGGCGCUGAUGCUGGAGAUGCCAGAGGUAAAGGUUCAGUCUCAUCCAGAGGAAGGGGUCAAGGUUCAGGCAGGGGGAAAGGUCAACAAGGGCAAUAUGCUGGCCAGAAAAGAGGACUUGACUUUUAUUUUAGCAAUACAAAGCCAAAGUGAAGAAAUAACAAUUUUAGCAGAAGUCACUUGUUAUCCAGGUGCUGGAAACAAUUUGAUCACAAACAUAAGCAAUUUGAUCACAAACAUAAGCAAGUUUUGCUUUUAAUAAAGUGCAAUGUGUCAGUUUCUUGUAAAUAUUUUCCCUGAUAACUAAUAAUUGAAAUGGAUCAUUUAUGAUAAUAAACUUGAUUCUAGAAACAA